AUGUCUCGUGCCUGGCGGCGCCUUGCGGCCGCGCCGCAGGCUUUCUUGGCAGCCCCGGCCGUUUCCGCGACAGCCUUCGGCUUGAAGCCUACUGCUUGCAGCUCUCGUGACAAGGCCAAGGCGGCGGCGGACAAGCAGUCAGUCUUCUGGAUCUCUGGGUCCUCACAGGGCUGUGCCAAGACGCUGCCGUGCAAAUUCGACCACUACGGUGGAGUUAUUGUGAGCCCUGACGGCGUUCCCAAAGAGGAAGGCAAUUUUCGGGAGAUGCUUGCGUCCUCGCUCCAGGAGUGGGAGAUGCAACAGAAGCGUGGCGUGUGGCUUCAUCUGAGCAUCGAGAAAUCCUCGCUGAUACCUAUUGCCACCAAAGAGUUCGGCUUCGAGUUCCACCAUGCUGAGCCCGAUCAUGUCAUGAUGACGAAGUGGCUGCCUAAGGAUGCUCCGAACACGCUGCCUGCAAACGCGAGCCACACCAUCGGCGUGGGUGCGCUCGUCACGAACUCUGAAGGGCACAUCCUCCUGGUCCGGGAGCGCACGGGCCCAGCUGGCCGCUCCGGAGUAUGGAAGAUCCCCACCGGCAUGGUGGAUGCGGGUGAGGAGCUUCAUGAAGCAGUCGUCCGAGAGGUGAAGGAGGAGACGGGCAUUGACGCAACGUUUGAGUAUUUCGGGGCGUUCACUAUGAAUCACGGUGGCAAUCUGGCGCAUGAGGGGAAGAGCAACAUCUUCUUCAUAGUCAAAUGCAAAGCGCUGAGCAACCAGAUCCAAAUGUGCCAAAGCGAGCUGACGGACGCACGCUGGUUCACGCAGGAAGAGUGGGAUGCCCUCCCCUUCCCCGAGAAGGGGUCGCUUUGGUGGGAGAUCAACCGCUCGGCGUUGGCUCCCGAGGCUGUCCUCUCCAUCAAGGAGCUCGCGUGGGGAUCAAACCGUCCAGACAUGAAGCGGAUGCUGUAUUUUCCAUUGAAGCGUUCGGCGCUCUGA